UGUCAUCUGUGGUCCUUGUUGAUAUAAAAAGGAAACAAGAUGACCGUUGAAAUGAGCUAAUAAAUAAACUUAUCAUUUUCCUUACCACUUGAUUUUUGAUAAGUUUGAUGUCUAGACUGCUAUUUAUAAUUGAAGUAGAUUUCUUAUUUUCAUUUGUCCACCCUUUGAAGAUUCGAAGUUCGUCUUGUGAUAUUUAUCAGUGGUAUGGAGAACGGCAUGGAAGAACGUACACUCGUAAAUCGCGCUCUAUAUUGUAUUCACUGCAAGAGUAAUUCUAGAACGAAUCCAAAUUAUAGCUUCUUCAGAUUUCCUAAAGAUCCUAAAAGAUGUGCCAUUUGGAAAACCUUGAUUAAAGAAGAUAAAAUAAAGGAUUUCACACCAGAACAAUGCUACAACAGGUUUCGACUCUGCUGUAAACAUUUUGAAAACAAGAUGUUCGUUCAUGAGACAAAAACUCAAUUGAAAAAAAAUGCUGUACCGAUGGAAACAAUCACCAUAACUUUAGAUUCCAGAAGUCCAGAGAGACCGACGUCUAUACUUAGGGAUGCCCUUCUGAGACCUCCCAGAAGGGUGCAAGUUAUGUUCGAUCACAAUUAUGCGCAGUCUGUGAGGUGCCCUAAGACCUCUUCUGAAGUUGACAAACGCCAAAAAACUGAGAAGAACGAUCCAUCUGCUUCAUCUACCACGCCAUACAAAAAUGAUAAACCGAUCGAUUCAAUGCCGAACGUAGCAGGGGAUACCGAAAAUAAUUCCACACUUUUACCACUCUCCCCACCACCCUACUGUCUAGAAGAGACUCCCCCUGAGAGUCCGUGUUGUAGCAAGAAUUCUCCAACGCCAUCCAGCAAAUCUUCAUCAUCACCACGCCAAAAAUCAAACAAAAACGAACCAAAAGUGUCCCUUAACGCAAUGGAAACAGCUGUGCGAAUUCCAGAACGAAACUCAAUCACGAAUAUGGAUGACACUGAUUAUUUCUUUUUGAGCAUGAGUAAAGCUGUCAAAAAAUUGCCUAAAAUAGAGCAAACAAAAAUUAAACUCGAUUUGCAAACCGCAAUUUCACAAGCUGAAAUCCGUUCUAUGGUCCAUAAGGUCGAGGUUCAGAACACUUCUUCAAUUAACAUAAAGUGAAGGGAGGAGGUGAAAUCAACAGUGUUGUUAAGCUCCAGUGGGGUAACUUUAUGUGUAUCUCACAAGUUCAACUGGUAGAUGUGUGAAAUAUCAACCAGACCGACUAUUGAAGAUGUCAUGGAGAAGCGUUUGCAGACAACAGUGACGAAGUAUUUUCAAGAUACUCCAGAAUGUACUCUUCUAUGUAUUAACCGAAGCUGGGCGUUGUGCGUAGAACUUAGGAGAUGGUAUCAAUCGAUGUAGAUGAAGAAACGGGUGAGUCUAUGACUUGUACAUCUAUUUCAAUAGUAGGUUCCUUUAAUCAAAUGUUGUCAGAGUAAAAUCAAACAGUGGCAUUAUUGAAAACAAUCCUACCAGCCCGCUUUGCAGUGCUAAUUUUUUCAGAAGAAAUUUAUCCAUACAGCGACAACCUACUUGAAGAGAAAACACUAAUCAUAAAAUAUCGCUGUAGAUUAGUGGCGGCCCGUGGUCAUUAGAGUCGAGGAGGCAAAAAGUUUUUGAGGAGUAUUGGAAUAAACUUGAAAUACAUUUUUUCAAUGUAAUAAAAAGUUGCACGGACUCAAAUUCAAACUCUUCAAUUAUUUAUUGGAACCUGUUCUAAUUAUUCAUUCCAGGUUGACAGGUUUCGGCCUAUAAGGCGAUUUUCAAAACCAAAUUGAAUUUAAAAAUUGUUGACAAUGCAUUCAGCCAUUCGUUACAUAAAGAUGUUAAAAUAAUAUGAA